UCUUUUUCUUCCUCCUUUCGCUUUCGCUUUGCCGAAUGCUGAUUGCUUGUUCAGUUGCUGUGCUUUUAUUAAGUUAACACCGACUUCUCGCGUAGCAGAUUAUACUCAUUAGUUUCUUUUCCCCUCCGACGACAAAGGUUUCAGCUCCUGCAUAUUCGCCGGCGAAUUUUGGCUUCUCGUGGUUUCUUGCUAUCCCAAGUGCAUCUGAGGCCUGGCCAUUUCUCGCAGUUGAAAAAGAAAGAUGGUUUCCGCGAAUAGGGAAAUGGCGGUGUAUUGCUUUGACACUCUUGUUGCUCACUAUAACAACGAGGAAGCCCCCCCUCCUGCCUUUGACGAGGGCCAACAUCCAUUGUUUGUUACUUGGAAGAAAGUGGUCAAUGGUGGUGAGCCUCGUUUACGUGGAUGCAUUGGGACUUUGGAAGCUAGAGGUUUGAUUAAUGGAUUCAAGGACUAUGCUUUAACCAGUGCUUUAAGGGACCGCAGGUUCCCUCCAAUACAGGCCAAGGAGUUGCCUUCUCUAGAAUGUACAGUAUCUAUUCUAACUAAUUACGAAACUGCUAACAACUAUCUUGACUGGGAGGGUCCAAAUCUUAGGCAGUGAAUGGAAGUUUUGAGUUAAGCAUGCAUCUUCAAGUCAAUGUUGCAGCUACUGCAUACCCUAAAUGCAGAAGACCUUUUAUGAUUAAUACUGUAACAGUUGAAAUAGAAGCAUAAUCUAAUAAUACUCAGGGCCCUCUGGAUAUGUAUUGUUAAAUCCUUGCAAGUUAUAACUAUAUGGUGAUCUUGUUUUGAAUUUUAUCGAAAGGCUCUCUCUUUAAGCUUUUAAAAAUUUCAUGUUCGUAGCAAAAUGUUGCCUUUUACAUCCUUAAGAGAAUGAAAAUAAAUCGUUCUUCACAAAUAAUAAGGUUUUGCAUAUUACUUUUGAAUGCAUGUAUCUUGUUGGAUCCUUGGACUAUUAUUGGUUAAAAGUUUGAGUCGCAAGUGGCCAUCAAAUUGGUCAAUGGUGUGACGGACUUAUUUUUACAAAAUUUCGUAACAUGGUGAUCUUUUCAAGUAGGGCACACCGGCACAGCAUCUUAUCACCUUUUGGAAAGAAAAUAACAGCUCUUACUUCUGAUGAUCCUGAUUGCAGGUUGGGGUACAUGGUAUGAUUAUUGAAUUUACUGACCCUAACAACCAGACUAGGCGGAGUGCCACAUAUUUGCCUGAAGUGGCUGCCCAUGAAGGUUGGGCAAAAUUGGAGGCAAUCGAGUCGCUGAUGCGCAAAGCUGGCUACAAUGGCAUCAUCACCGAGUCACUUCGAAAGUCUAUUAAACUGACACGUUACCAGAGCACGCUUUUCACGAUGACUUACAGCGACUACAUCUCGUAUGUGAAGGAAACCAGGGGGGUUGCAGCUCCGAUUAUUAAUGGGGUUAGUACUAAGCUUGCCAUGUAUUGAUUCUUUCUUCUUCCAAUCCAAGUAUAUUUGGGACAAAGAAACAACUUGGCUGUCAACUCAAAAAGGAAACACAUGGUUCUUUCAUUGUUGGUGUCAUGCCAUGGCGACCAAUUUGUAUUCAGAACUCCAUGAUGGCUGAAAAUUUGGCAGCUUAUGAUCUUCUGUUAGUGUCAUGUCACUGCGACGAGUUUAUAUUCAUGUUCAAAACCACGAUGGCUGAGAAUUUGGCAGCUUUCUGUGUGGGCGGCAAGGAGUUGUUCUGUGAACUCCUGGUUUCCUUGGUGGACUGCAUUACGAAUGUUGGUUUUCAUUUGGUAACCAUGUUUGCAUUCUGUUCCAUAUAAAGCUUCCCUUCAGAAGCUGUCGUGGCUUUUAAUGGAGUCAAGUCUGUUAACUAAUCUGUUAUUCAUCUUUGGACAGUAUUAGAGAUGACAAAAAACUGCUUUGUUGCUAGCUCCUGAGUAGGGGUGUCAGUUCGGGUCGGGUUUGGUUACCCGAACCGAAAUUCGAAAAAA